AUGGCCUCCUCAGCCCGGCCCGGCCUGACUCGGGGUCCCCGCGGGGAGCAGAAGGCCCUGACCAGGGCUGUGAGAGCCCUGGAGCAGCUGGCAUCUGUCCUGUGCCGAGCCCCCCACCUGAAUUCCAGCCCCCCCUCACUGCCUGACCUGCUCCCUCAGAUGAGUGGGCUGCUCCAACAGGUGGCAGAAGCCCGGAGGCAGGCUGGAGGGGGCCACCAGGAGUCUGGGGGGGCCGCUGACUUCCUAGCUGGCUUCCUGAGUAACCUGAGUCAGAAGGUGCAGCAGGUAGCCGCCCUCUUCCCUGCAGGGGACAAGACCUGGGAGGGUCCUAGCCACAGGAGGCAGCUGACCAAACUGACCCUCAUCUUCAGUCACAUGCUUACGGAGCUCAAAGCCCUCUUCCCUGAGGGUCACUACUGUGGACACAUUUACCAGCUUAGCAAGCCCCAGGCUCAGGAGUUCUGGAGAGAGAAUUGUGGGAAGAGGUGUGUGGUUGUGUGGGAAGAAUUUCAGAAACUUCUGAGCUCCCGGCACCCCGUGAAGCCUGGUCCUAUGGCUCAGGCCCUGAAAUCCACCAUUGACUUAACAGUCAGCGGCUACGUGUCCAUCUUUGAAUUUGAUGUCUUCACCCGCCUUUUCCAGCCCUGGUCUUCUCUGCUCAAGAACUGGACCCUGUUGGCAGUCACUCACCCUGGCUACAUGGCCUUCAUCACCUAUGCGGAGGUGAAGGCCCGCCUGCAGACCUACCUGGACAAGCCCGGCAGCUACAUCUUCCGCCUCAGCUGUACUCGUCUGGGCCAGUGGGCCAUCGGUUUUGUGAGCGAGGACGGCCGGGUCCUACAGACGAUCCCUUUGAACAGACCGCUUUUCCAAGCCCUGAGAGAAGGGCAGAAAAAAGGCUUUUACCUCUAUCCGGAUGGGAAGAAUGUGAAUCCAGACCUGUCUGAGCUGGCAGAAGUGAAGAAUCCCAGACACAUUGAGGUCUCACAGGAGGAAUUUAAGCUGUACUGCACCAUGAACUCCACCUUUGAAUUGUGCAAGAUCUGUGCUGAGCGGGACAAAGAUACCAGGCUGAAUCCCUGUGGCCACCUCCUCUGCUACGCCUGCCUGGAUAUCUGGCAGAAAUCCCCAGGCCACACCUGCCCAUUCUGCAGAUGCAUGAUUCAGGGAUGGGAACCUGUGACCAUCCAGCCUUUCCCUGGGGACUCAGGAGACCAGGAAGACAAGGAGACCUCAGAUCAGGUGGGCUCCAGGAAUUCCACUCUUGUGGCUCCACCCCUGCCCCCGAGGCCUGACCUGCCCCCAAGGAGGGAAAGGGACAGUGAACUGACCCCAGGAUCUUCUUCAUCUUUCUUGCACCUGCCAAGACUCCGGCCCCAUUCGUCUUCCCUCAGAUGGGCUCCUUUGCCACUGUUUCCUGGGACUCAUCUCAGUCCUCUGCUCAGAGUCCCGGUCAGAGCCCAACACCCAGAAAGCUCAGAGCCUCAUCCAGGAAAUGAGAGGCUUGGGCCAGAAUGAUCCCGGAGGUCCCUGCCCCCUUUACAAAUCAAUGAGUCUGUAAGCCCAGGAACCAGGCAGAAACCCGAGAGCAGGCAGGGUUCGCAGCUCAGAACCCAGCAUGAGAGAGGAAAAAUUCUCUCAGUCCAGCCAGUACACAAUGACUAAAGAAAUUCCAGAGCCCCAAACCUAGUCAGAGCCAGAGUCUAGACCUAAGUUAGAGGCCAGGAUGAACACAGAGCCCAGACAGAGACUAGAACCCAGAUAGAAUCCAUGGCCCAUACUAGAGCCCAGGGCCAGAGGCCAGGUAGAUCUCAAAGCCCACAAGACCCAGAACAUGGAGUCCAAGCAAAAUUGAGAUAGAACUCAGAGCCCAGAAAGAUCCCAGAGCCCAAAGUCCAAACGCAGCAGACUCCAGAGGACCCAGAACAGAGUCCGGAGGUCAGACAAGAACUCAGAACCUGCACUCCAGAGAGCCAACUCGCCAAAAGUC